UUAAAGCCCAUUAGCCCUACAAGUUUCCAUUCUGAAGUCACCUCUGCAAUUCCAAAGGCGAAUCUCAGGAAGGAUGUGGAAGACAGUGCAAAAAUACCAUAAACCACCCGUUUUAGUCCAGCGAGACGACGUCAUUUCAAUCCUGCGUCUCUUACACAAUGGUCCGGACACAUUGGAGGAAUUAUUGGAUAGGCACGUGGUUAAAAAAGAGAAAUCCCUGGACGAUGACGAGGAAGAGCUGUUAACUCGGCGGCGACUCACCAGCACACGCAGAGAGGCACUCAGUCUGUAUCGAGAUAUUCUACGGGCCACCAGAUUCUUCAUGUGGCCGGACUCACGUGGCGUGUUGUGGCGAGAUAUUCUUAGAGACAACGCCCGAAAGGAGUUUGAACAGGCGCGAUUCGAAAGGGAUCCGGAAAUCGUCACGCGGUUGCUAAUCGGAGGGCGUGAUGCGGUGCAAUCGGCACUUGAGAAACUUGCCGAGAAACAAAAGCAGCAGAUUGAGAAGGAAGCAGCAGAUUGAGAAGGAACGUGGCCGUGGAGAUCCACGGUUUCACUUCACCAAAUAGCUAUUCACUUGUAAAAUUCUUGUACCAAGGCAGAAUGACAUCAAUGCAAGCUACUUCUGAUUUGUAAUCUAUACCUGGUAUUGUAAUAGCUUUUCCUUGUAACAUGUAAACUAUAUUACAGCAUGUUACCCAGCAGGAACCAUAGGCAAAGACAACAUGAUUACAAUAUUCAUGUAAGCUGCACCACAUUCCAUUUUUCGGUGUCAAUCAAAGACUAUGCCCGAUCAUAAACAAAGUCAAUGGAUUGGAGACUUGUAAAUUCACACCUUUUCGUGGCACACUCUUUUUUUAACUUACACUUUUAUGCAAUUUUUAUAUAGGAAUCUUAAUUGAUAAAUA